GGCCGCAGCGGCAGCCGCCUCUCCGCCACCGGGACGCCGAGGCGCGGCUGGCGGCGCUGACAUCCACGGCCCUGCCUCUCCUCCCUCGCCCCCGGCCCUCCCCAUGUGAUCGGUCUUAAUCCCGACCGUGUGCGCGCGUGGGGGCUCCAUUGCGCGGCGCCCGGUGUCGGUGCCGGGGUGGGUGCUCGCGUGCGCUUCUCCUCCCCAUCCCCCGCCCCGUCCCCAAGAAUAAAAGAAGAACCGGGAGGCGUGCUCAGAAAAUAAAUAAAUAACCAGCACACACGCGCAGCCCGGAGCGAGGCGGCGGGGCUGGCGGCGGCGGAGGAGGAGUGAAGGCGGCGGCGGCGGAGGAGGGACGCGCGGAGCCGGCAGUAACUUUCGAGCCAGCCCAGAGCCCGGAGCUCCAGCCGAGCGGUUUGCAGCGCGGCGGCGGCGGCGCUGAGUGUCUGGCCCGCCGGUGCGGUCGGGGUGUGCAGUCGGACGGGACGAGCAGCGCGUCGCUGUCCCCCCCUCCCGGCGGCUGGAGAUGUCCGAGCCCAAGGCGAUUGAUCCCAAGUUGUCGACAACCGACAGGGUGGUGAAAGCUGUUCCAUUUCCGCCAAGUCACCGGCUGACAGCAAAGGAAGUGUUUGAUAAUGACGGGAAGCCUCGUGUGGAUAUCUUAAAAGCACAUCUCAUGAAAGAGGGCAGGCUGGAAGAAAGUGUCGCCUUGAGAAUAAUAACAGAGGGUGCUUCGAUUCUUCGACAGGAAAAAAACUUGCUGGAUAUUGAUGCCCCAGUCACAGUUUGCGGGGACAUCCAUGGACAAUUCUUUGACUUGAUGAAGCUCUUUGAAGUGGGAGGAUCUCCUGCCAACACUCGCUACCUCUUCUUAGGGGACUAUGUUGACAGAGGGUACUUCAGUAUCGAAUGUGUGCUGUAUUUGUGGGCCUUGAAAAUUCUUUACCCCAAAACACUGUUUUUACUUCGUGGAAAUCAUGAAUGUAGACAUCUAACAGAGUAUUUCACAUUUAAACAAGAAUGUAAAAUAAAGUAUUCAGAACGAGUAUAUGAUGCCUGUAUGGAUGCCUUCGACUGCCUUCCCCUGGCCGCACUGAUGAACCAACAGUUCCUGUGUGUACAUGGCGGUUUGUCUCCAGAGAUUAACACUCUAGAUGACAUCAGAAAAUUAGACCGAUUCAAAGAACCACCUGCUUACGGGCCCAUGUGUGACAUCCUGUGGUCAGACCCCCUGGAGGACUUUGGAAAUGAGAAGACUCAGGAACAUUUCACUCACAACACAGUCAGGGGGUGUUCGUACUUCUACAGUUAUCCAGCUGUGUGUGACUUCCUGCAGCACAAUAACUUGUUGUCCAUACUCCGAGCCCACGAAGCCCAGGACGCAGGGUACCGCAUGUACAGGAAAAGCCAAACAACAGGCUUCCCUUCUCUAAUUACAAUUUUCUCAGCACCAAAUUACUUAGACGUGUACAAUAACAAAGCUGCAGUGUUGAAGUAUGAGAACAAUGUGAUGAACAUCAGGCAGUUCAACUGCUCUCCCCAUCCAUACUGGCUCCCAAAUUUCAUGGAUGUUUUCACCUGGUCGCUGCCCUUCGUUGGGGAGAAAGUGACUGAGAUGCUGGUAAAUGUCCUCAACAUCUGCUCAGAUGAUGAGCUGGGGUCAGAGGAAGAUGGAUUUGACGGAGCCACGGCCGCAGCCAGGAAGGAGGUCAUCAGGAACAAGAUCCGAGCAAUAGGCAAAAUGGCCAGAGUGUUCUCAGUUCUCAGAGAAGAGAGUGAGAGUGUUCUGACCCUGAAGGGCCUGACCCCGACUGGCAUGCUCCCCAGCGGAGUGCUUUCCGGAGGCAAACAAACCCUGCAAAGCGCUACUGUUGAGGCUAUUGAGGCUGAUGAAGCUAUCAAAGGAUUCUCACCACAACAUAAGAUCACUAGCUUCGAGGAGGCAAAGGGCUUAGACCGAAUUAAUGAGAGGAUGCCGCCCCGCAGAGAUGCCAUGCCCUCCGACGCCAACCUUAACUCCAUCAACAAGGCUCUCGCCUCAGAGACUAACGGCACGGACAGCAACGGCAGUAAUAGCAGCAAUAUUCAGUGACCACCUCCUGUUCACUCUUUUUUUUUUUUUUUUUUUUUUGAGCUGCAGGUCAUGAUGGGAUUGCUGCUUCUCAGCAGUUAGAUGUUCUUGCCUCGGACGGUAGCUUGUUUGCUCUGGGGGCCAGGAAUUGGAUUCAGUUUACACUAUCACGAAAAAAGAGAGGGAGAGAGAUAAUAAACUAUAUUUUGGUGAGGGUGGUGAUUAAACACCUCUUUGGGGUAUGCCUUUAAAAAAAAUGCUUCUAGGAAAAAAGUUUUAAAAAGAAAGCUAAUGCUAGUCUAUACUGCAAUGUUAGGGGAAUGAACAUGUUUUCCUACUACACUGGGGACUUCUAGAUAGGUUAAUGAAAGGCCUUUUAUUCUGUUACUGGACACGAAAACUUUGUCUAAUUUCUUAUACUCUAUUGUACGUUUACAGUUACAGCACUAAAAAUGGAUGACAUCAAACAUUUUUAACAACAACAGAAAAUGAUGUACAAACUAAAUAAGGACUAUUUAUUGAUAAUGUUUUGCUACUCUUGUCAGAAAAUGGCUAUAAACUGAAUUAGGCAGUCUUAAAAAAAAGAAAAAAAACCUGGAAAAAAAAAGAAUGUUGCAAAUUUGUUAAAAUGCCAAAAAAGGACAGUUUAAUUUUGUAUAGCUCGUGCUUACCUCAGGCUCCUUUAGUUUGCUUGAAUGCCCUUCUUUCCAUAGAAUACUUAUUAAUUUGGCAGUGAAUACAUUUUCUUUAAGUUUAAAAAAAAAACUGGAAUAAUUACACCCAUCUUUUUUGCUGUUUAUAUUUAGGGGUUUUGUUGAUAAAUCAAGUCUUGGUUGUGGCUUGCUGAAUUCAAUAUUUAUGAGUGGUGCAUUUUUAAGUAUAGUGAACACGACACCAUAGUGCAGUGACGAAGCAUCUAUAUUCUGUAAAAAAUAAAAACAAAAAAAAUCUGCCUAUGCAUGUUUUUUAAGAAAAAAAAAAUAAAAUGGCUGUAUCGGCCUGUAUGGGACUGUAAUGCGCUUAGUGGUCUGACAUAUACUGGAAAUGUAUGUAUACUGGCGUACUUUAUAUUCUCUACAAUGCUUAAUGCCUUUGAAAUUUUGUAAUCAAAAGAAGCUUUGAAAAAAUCUAAAGGGGAGAGUAUUCUUAAAAGUUUUUAACAUAAGCUUGUCAGUGCACACAUAGAUGGUUGGCAUGUUUAGCAAACUUUGUGAAAUUUAAAUAAGUUUGUAGUUACAUGUGAAACUCUAAAUGCAUGGUAACCGUUACUGUCAUAACAGUUUAGUUAUUUCCUUCUGUUCUGUCAUGUGCCACAAAAUAUGUACUUUUUUCACUUUUUUUCCCCUUUGUAUAUUAGUUACGGGUUACAACUGGUUCAUUCUGAAAACAACAACAAACAACAAAAGUCCAUUCAUAUUUUUUAACAAUUGUAUAAGUGCCCAAGUCAUUCACUACAGCCUAAAGCCUUGCCUUUGUAAUUUGACUUCUGAAAUGUUGGCAAUCAAAGCAUGCACCUGUAACAAUGACAAAGAAAAAGCAUUUUAUAUUACUACUCAAUAAAAUGUGCAUGAACUUAAA